AUGUAUACGUCCAGUACGGAGUUGGGUUCAGUGGCGGCGGAGAGGCGCAGACCCGCUCCUGCCCUGACCCCUGAUGACAGAGACCUGUGGAGAGACCCUGGGCGGAUGGGCUGGCGAGAUGGGCGAGAGAGUGGCGUGGUGCAGAGCUAUAGCUUCGAUUCGUACCAGCUGGAGGAGGAGGAGAUGAGCAAAGAUGCCCCAGAGCGAGGAGUGCUGGCUCUGUCUGAACCUGACUUCGAGGAGCCGAUUCCCGAUGACCGUUACCAUGGCAUUUACUUCGCAAUGCUUUUGGCUGGAGUGGGUUUCCUGUUACCAUACAACAGUUUCAUCACUGAUGUGGAUUACCUGCACCACAAGUUUGAGGGGACGUCCAUUGUGUUUGACAUGAGUUUGACGUAUAUACUGGUGGCACUGCUGGCGGUCAUCCUCAACAAUGUCCUGGUGGAGAGGCUUAGUAUGCACACCAGAAUCACUGUGGGUUACAUCCUUGCACUGGGGCCGCUGGUCUUUGUCAGUAUUUUUGAUGUGUGGCUGGAAAAGUUUACCACAAGACAAGCAUACAUCAUAAACUUGGUGUCUGUGGGAGUGGUGGCAUUUGGAUGUACAGUGCAGCAGUCCAGUUUCUAUGGUUACAUGGGGAUGCUUCCCAAGAGGUACACACAGGGGGUGAUGACAGGAGAGAGCACAGCUGGGGUCAUCAUCUCUCUGUCUCGCAUUUUCACCAAGCUGCUCAUCCCGGACGAACGCAGGAACACGCUUAUUUUCUUCCUGGUGUCCAUCAGUAUGGAGAUGCUCUGCUUUCUGCUUCACCUGCUCGUGCGCCGCUCUCGGUUUGUGCGCUACUACACCAGCCACGCACAGGGUAAAGGCCCGGGCAAAGGUCACGACCCUCGCGAUAAUGGGACAGGAUACAGAGUACACCAUGACGUCACGGCAGAGGAAGUAAGAUUUGGGAAUGGAGGGACAAUGCCUUCGGACAGACAGACAGAAGAAGGUGUGGAUGACUUUGGAGGAGGGACUUACGUACGGUUUGACGCCCCAAAAGCCAAGAUCAGGAAAAGCUGGCCUGGCCUUCGUGACAUGAUCUUGCACCGGUACGUUGUGUCCCGUGUGAUCUGGGCAUAUAUGCUGUCCAUAGCAGUGACCUACAGCAUCACUCUGUGUUUAUUCCCUGGCCUGGAGUCGGAAAUACGCAACCCCACGUUAGGAGAAUGGCUUCCUAUCCUCAUCAUGGCUACGUUCAAUAUGUCUGACUUUGUGGGCAAGAUCCUGGCUGCAGUGCCGUAUGACUGGUCGGGUGGUCGUCUCCUCUUCUUCUCUUGCCUCAGAGUGGUCUUCAUCCCUCUGUUUGUCAUGUGUGUCUAUCCUGCCAGCGCCCCCACCCUCUCACACCCUGCCUGGCCCUGCCUUUUCUCCCUUCUCAUGGGCGUCACUAACGGAUACUUCGGAUCAGUGCCAAUGAUCCAAGCCGCUGGAAAAGUGCCUCCUGAACAAAGAGAGUUGGCCGGGAACACCAUGACGGUAUCAUACAUGACAGGCCUCAUGGUGGGCUCGGCUGUGGCCUACGCUGCCUACAGCUUCACUGCUCCAGGAUCAGGGACGCGCCUCACUACUCUGCACUCACUCAACUCUACGGGCUACUGAAUUCACCCCUCAGACAAUGUUGACAUGUAUGCAGACUGCUACAGCAUUUACUAUGAAGAUGUCCAAGUGGAACAACACCAGAAAAUACUUAAAUCAAAAGAAAACACUUCACUUCUCCUUUUUUUGCAACUUUGUGAACAAGGGUUUUUGCAGAGCGCAUCCCCACUGUUAUAAUUGUAUGGACUCUGGAUGACAUUUGUACAGUGUAAAACGGAGUUACAGUGCCAGCAUGCUGCAGCAACAGUGAGAGAACAAAGAAGCACUACUUUUACAAAUGCCAAAUGACUGAAGGGACGUUACAAAAGAGCAGUAAUUAUGUAUAUGAGCAUUGUUUACACUGGCUGCUUGUAUUAAAGAAAAAAAUACUAGAUGGUAGAGUCAGAUGUUCUGUAGUAGCCCUUAACUUAUUUUAGUAGCAAAAUUUGGGGCAUUUAUGUGGAUGUAAUUUGCACACCAAAGACAUAAUUUUAGACAUACAGUGUUACAGGCUCAUGAUGUACUUCAAUUUGGCAAUAAAUAACAUUUCAAUAUGGAGCAUAUCUUACCAAAAAUCCCCCCUUAACAGUUGAAAAAGUAAAAUUUGAUGUCUUGCACCACCUGAUGGUGAAAAAAGAAACCAAAACGUAACGUGUGAGUAUGUGGGGUUAUGUACAGGUGAACAGUGAGAAUGUAGUUCUAUAUAAAACAAGGGACUUUGUAAAUACACAAAUA